UGUUACCAGAAUCGGUUCGGCGCGACUUCGGUGUACCGAAUUUGAAGUUUUCCAUCAUUUUUAUACUGAGAUCGGUUUUGAAAAGUAUUAUUUUGAAAAAAAUGUCUACACAUUUUCAGUUUGACAUCGUGUUUAAGUUUCGCUAAUAGUUUUAAUUAGUUUAUCGGAUUUUUCUCGUUAUUUCGAAUUGUGUAACGUGCGGUAACGGCUAGUCGCCGAACGCGCAUUUAUAGUGCGACUCACAACCAGGACUAAUUUCAUUUUUUCCAACUUGAUAUUUACAAAAUACCAAUAAUCGGCAUUUACAAGCAACCGAUUGCUGUAUGAGUAAAGGCCGCGGUAAUGCGGUGUCUGGCAGCCGGAUAUGAGGAACGGCGGCGACGGCGGUGGCGUUGUUGCGGUGGCGUCCAGAUACCGGUGGAGGUACACGUUGACGCUGGUUGUGUGCGUGAUGGCGGCGGUCGGGGUAGAGGGCUGUGGCCCGUUGCGUGGCCCGUCCAAGUUCCGGAACCCUCGAAAGAUGAAGCCACUGGUGUUUCAGCAACACGAGCCCAACGUCAGCGAGUACUCCAUCACCGCCAGCGGGCCACCAGAAGGUCGGGUCCAGCGGAACGACUCCAGGUUCAUGGAGCUGGUACCCAACUACAAUGCGGACAUCGAGUUCAAAGACGACGAGGGCACCGGUGCCGAUCGGCUGAUGACCCAGAGAUGUAAAGAAAAGCUCAACACCUUAGCCAUCAGCGUGAUGAACUUAUGGCCGAACGUUCGACUGCGAGUGAUCGACGGUUGGGUGGACCGAGCCGGCAGCAGCUUGCACAACGAGGGACGGGCGGUAGACAUCACCACGUCAGACAGGGAUAAGUCCAAGUAUGGCAUGUUGGCCCGACUGGCAGUCGAAGCAGGAUUUGAUUGGGUCAACUACAAUCGUCGGUACAUUCACUGCUCUUGCAAAUCAGAGACGAAAAUCAACACGAGGACGAUGGGCUGUUUCCCCGGUGACAGUGUAGUGACGACAGCCGCGGGCGUGAAGAAGCAGAUGAAAGACCUGCGGGUCGGCGAGUCAGUACUGGCGCUGUCCAACGACGGGCUGCUCCGGCCUAGCGAAGUGCUCUUGUUCCUGGACCGGAGCGUGACGGCGCGGACCGAGUACGUGACGCUGGUGACGGACACGGGCAAGUCGAUAACGGCGACGCCCACGCACCUGGUGCUCCGGUGGGAGAAACCGGAACGGUCGCAGAUCCGAUACGCGAACCCGGUGUACGCGAAAAGUGUGCGCGUCAACGACACGCUGCUGACGGUGAUCACCGGCGACCGAGGCCAGCUACGACUGCGAGCGGAGCGCGUGGUCGCGGUGAGCCACACCGAGAAAGUCGGACUUUACGCGCCUCUGACAGUCGACGGCACCGUCGUCGUGGACGACGUCGUGGCGUCGUGUUACGCCGUCCUCGACAGCCAGUGGCUGGCGCACCUGGCGUUCCUGCCUGUCCGCGCGUUGGCCGCCGUCCGGACGUCACUGUACAGCUUCGUCUGGCGGCUGGGCCAUCCGCUGCGUGACGCGCCGUCACUGUCGCCGGCGAUCGAAGCGGUACCGCCCGCCGACGGCAUACACUGGUACCCGCGGAUGCUGUACGCCAUAUCCGACUACGCAAUACCGGCCAGUUGGAUGGACACGAACUGAUCGAUCGCGCGUGCUCUUCAUAAUAUAUAUUUAAUAUAUUAUAUAGUUUUCGAACUGUUGUGAUUUAUCAAUUUUUUUUUUAUGUUUACGUCCAUUGCACGUCGCGUACCCUAACACUGGUUAGUGACAUUCCGGCCCUCGAAAUGAUGUACCUAUAUGACCCAAAAACAGUCUUCAAACGAAUUGUAUGCCAAAAAUUAUUGAACUUUUUAUUUUUUUUUUCACUUUUGUACAUGUUAUUGUGUGUGUAUGUGUGUGUGUGUGUGUGUGUGUGUGUGUGUUUGUGUAUAAUGUAUAUAGUAAUAUUAGUUAUCGUAAGUAUUUUAUAAUUUAUUACCGACGAACUGUUUCUGAAACGUAUCCCGGGGGAAACACACGUCUAGGUACAAUACUACAUUAUAUGGACAUCAUAGAUCGUAUAAUGUAGUAUAUAAUAUUUAAGUAUAUUCGUAUGACUAUAGCUGUAUGUUAUAUGCACCGUUCAGUACACUCAGCACAAGCCCUCCUACCGGCGCGGCGGGCUCAAACAGGACGGAAAACGUCUGGGGACUUCGGGAUAUAAACCACUCCCAACCCACCGACAUUUCUUUGAAAGUGUGUCAAAUGCAACUUUCGUGGAAAACGGCGCAGACUUUAAUCCUCCACAAAUGUUUGGGCUAUUCGCGCCCAUGUGCCUACGUGUAACGUUUCACCCCGCAGCUCGUAUCACGUCAAUCGAAUCGAAUAUCACGCUCCGGAUAUAUAAUAUUUACUCCCUUUUUUGUAUCGUUCUAGUGAUUUUUUUUUUGUUUGUCGAAUCUACUUGGAAACGAUUGUCAAUUAUUCCGCUGCUAAUAUCUAAAAAUAAGUGGUACUAGUUAAUAAUAUAAUAUUUAUUGCAAAAUUGUUUUAUUUUUACCUUUUGUACGUUUAGGUAUAGCAUCUACUAUAUAUAUUGUCGUAUAAACGGACGCAUUGUUAUUUAUAUUACACAUUGUAUGUAUACGUGUAAAUUGUUUUGUAUCAUAUGACUAUUUAUUUUUUUAGCUUCCUCAAUAUCAUCGUAGGUUCGUUUACUAAAUAUUAUAACUUUUAAUGUAAAAAUAUGUGCCUUUAUGGUUGUAUAGACAAAUAAAAUAAAAUGCA